ACUCUUCAAAAUAUUUCUAGUUAUUUAAAGCUUAAUAAGUUCUUUCUGAUCGUAUCUGAGGAGCAGGCUUGGGUGGGUCAUACUGAAGUAACAGGAAAGAGGUUAAGCCCCUGUAAGAGACAGUGAGCCUGUGCAGAGUCACCGGUCAACAUGCAGAAGAGGGCUGAGAAUGAGAGGACUGGGGUUUUGCAAUGGAACAAAUAUGGUUGCUGUUGCUUCUAACAAGUAGAGUGCUUCCGGGGUCUGCUCAGUUCAAUGGCUACAACUGUGACGCCAACCUCCACAGUAGAUUUCCUGCUGAAAGAGACAUCAAUGUCUACUGUGGGGUACAGGCCAUUACAAUGAAGAUUAAUUUUUGCACAGUACUUUUCUCCGGUUAUUCUGAAACAGACCUGGCCCUGAACGGAAGGCACGGGGAUUCCCACUGCAGGGGCUUCGUCAAUAACAACACCUUCCCUGCGGUGGUCAUUUUCAUCAUCAAUCUCAGCACCUUGGAGGGCUGUGGAAACAAUCUGGUGGUAUCCACAAUUCCUGGAGUCAGUACUUAUGGAAAUGCAACUUCAGUACAAAUAGGAAAUAUUUCAGGAUAUAUUGAUACUCCAGACCCACCGACAAUCAUCAGCUAUCUACCUGGGCUUCUUUACAAAUUUAGUUGUAGUUAUCCAUUGGAAUACCUGGUUAAUAAUACCCAGCUUGCCUCGUCCUCAGCUGCUAUCUCUGUGAGGGAGAACAAUGGUACAUUUGUCAGCACUUUGAACCUGCUCCUUUAUAACGAUUCAACCUACAGAGAGCAGUUAAGUAUCCCGAGUAUAGGAUUACCUUUGAAAACCAAAGUAUUUGCAGCUGUACAAGCUACUAAUCUGGAUGGCAGAUGGAAUGUCUUAAUGGAUUAUUGCUAUACGACCCCAUCAGGGAACCCAAAUGAUGAUAUUCGAUAUGAUCUCUUCCUUAGCUGUGACAAAGAUCCUCAGACCACCGUCAUUGAAAAUGGCAGAAGCCAACGGGGCCGCUUUUCCUUUGAAGUGUUCCGGUUCGUGAAACACAAGAAUCAGAAGAUGUCCACCGUCUUCCUGCACUGUGCGACGAAGCUCUGCAGGGCUGAUGACUGCCCCUUCCUUAUGCCAAUUUGUGGCCACAGAGAAAGGCGAGAUGCGGGGAGGAGGACCACUUGGAGCCCCCAGAGUACUUCCGGCAACGCUGUCCUCUCUGCCGGCCCCAUCAUUACUCGGAGCGAUGAGACUCCAACCAACAAUUCACAGCUUGAUAAUUGCAGCUUGGGGAUAUGUUUUAAUUGGAAUGGCCAAUUUAGACACCCGAGAUUUAAUUUCUCAUUCUAUGACCUCCUAUGUUUUUGGCUGAUUUCCAUGUCUGAAGACAUUCCUUUAAAAAAAGAAGAAGAAGAAGAAAAAAAACCUCUUAAAAUGUAUCUUAACCUGGGGGAAGCAUCCAUUUGUGUGGCAAACAGUAAAAAUAGUCGUGAACUUCCAAAGGAUACUAAGUGACCCUAGAUCAUUAUUCAUUUGCUCCAAACGGCUAUGAUCCAUUUUCUCCUUCUGGUUCAAGUGGAACAUCAGCACACGUUCACUCUGCUCCCGGGUAAACUACACCAGCUGCCAUUGCAGCUGCGCUCCUGGCAGUGCAGCAACUGCCAAGACGAUUCUUAAUUCAGUAACCGUUACCUGGGAAAGCAGACAGCAGUCGUGGGAAGAGGCCGUUGGCCCCACACACAAGCACGGCGUUCCUGUUUGCAUUUUUAACAACCUAGGUUCCUUUUUUCUUUUUUUUUUUUUCUGUUUUUCUCCUAGAACAAAAGGAAACAGGUUAAAUGUGCUUUGCAGAGCUUUGUUCGCAUCUCUACAAAAAAAAAGAUUCCCUUUCUUACAAAUUUCUGAUGCAGGUAAGACAUACGGUCUGGAGGAAGCCUACCUUUUAAGGUGUCUUCUUGAAGGUGUCAUGAUUGCCAUGGAAUAAACAGUAUUUUCCUCUAGCAGUAAACUGCGAAAAGCAUUUUAUCCUUUAUCCGUUUUUCAAAAAGUUUCAAAAGCCAAGUUUUAAGCCUAUAUUCUUACCAAGAAACAAUCUUUCCUUUGUUCAAUCUAGCCUUUGCGCAACUGAACACAUAAAAGGAUUCAGUGACAAACACCAGAACCCGGGAUGCACAGCUACUAAAAGUGCCAUUUUUCACAUAAACAUUGCUGUAGAGAUGAAUUUCCGUUUAACAUUUGUGACCCAUUGUUCAGGACUUAAUUAAUUUACUGAACUACAUGCAGAUCACUAUGCAAUUUUAGAUUUGUUUCGAAUGAAGUGCCUAUGCUCUGAAGUUAAUAAUUAAAUCAAUCGUCAAAUCAAAAAACACCUUUUCUCCAAUUUGCCCGACUAGUUCAGAAGAAAAUAUUUGUAUUGCAAUAAUCAGCUGUAUAAUUGCCUCAACUUCUUCUUUCAAGGUGUAGACACAGCCAAAGGGAAAUGGCAUCUGGAAAGUCUCCAGUUAAUUUCUUCAAUGUAACAAGGUCUAACACUUAAAAAGCGAAUCUCCUCUUCCUCAUGUUACUUAAAAAUAACUUUGAAGUGACCAUUCUGAACUUUAUCUGUGUUAGCAAAUUUAUUUACUAAUUUAAAGGGGAAAAUCCUACAGAAAAAAAAAAAUGGACCAUGCCACUUAUGUGACCCUCUGUAUACAUGGAUAGUAUUGAAAUAUCCUGGUAAAUCUAUUUCAGAUACUUUAAGUGAAUUGCCAUUGAUCCGAGGAUUAAAUCCUGUGAAUAGGACACUAUAUCACUGAAACUGGUUUGUCAGUUUGAUUUUUGUGCUUUGGGGAUAAUUACUGUUUCAGCUGUUAACCUGUUAAAUUCUAUACACCAUUUUAUAAAACUAAAUAAUGGACGUAUCAUUUUGCAAGCAACUUAAAUCUCAUAUAUUUUUUGCUACCCUUUCAUCAUAAAUGGGAGAUCCACAGCUCUAGUGAGACAAGCCAGGUUUGCUUUAUAUAGCUUUGUUCUUACAGACCUGCAGUUAUAGGUUGUACUGAGUUAUAGUGUGAAAUUAUUACACAAUUAUUAUAGUGUGAAAAAAAACCUUACAAAAUAUGUGCAAAUGUUCCUUCAGUUUUAAUACCUCAAACUGUUUUUUUUUUUUUUUUUUU